AUGGACUGGUCCGGGCUCUCCCAGCUGACAAUCAUGAGCGAUGUCUCAACCGAUAUGUCGUCGAGCGACGAGGAGGAGCGCCGGACCAAGAGUGUGGCGCGGAUUCCUGAGCUGCCGGAACCGGUGAGGGUUGCCGCACCAGAGGUGCCCUCAUUGACACAGUUCUGGGAGAGCAACCCGACACCUGCGAUGGACGUGAACAUGACGACUGCUGAGCUCGAAGAACGGCUGGCCCAGGCUGAGCAGAUCGGUGAAUUUCUGAAAAAGCAGAACGACGAUCUGCAGGAGCAGUACAAAGCCGAGUGGAUUGCCAAAGAGCGCCUUCUUGACGAGAUAUUCCGUAAACAGCUCGGCAGUGGAGCGCCAAUUAUGGACUAA